ACUCAUCUUCUCUACGUUGGCUGCUCUAGCGCCCCCUUUAUGGCAACUGUAUACCGGACAUUCUGUCCACAUCAGGAAGAGGAGAGGCACAUUGAGAGACCGAGAGAGGAGCAGUAAUCUGUUACAUGUGAAGGAAUGGUGUAUGUUGAGCUAAAAACACCUCUGCGACGUGAAGUAUUCGGUAAUAUUUUGACACUGAUGCUACUGCGCUGGAGCAACUAGGAGUUUUAUGAAAUGCGUUGAAUGAAUGUGGAAUUGUUAGCUGCUACUGCAAAGCUGUCAACAGCGAUAUUUAUGCAUUGCACAAUAACUGAUGGGUUCAAGAUAGAGACGGCAACAUGCGGAGCCGCAGUAACUCAGGUGUGAAACUCGAUGGAUUCGCCAGGCUCGUUCAUGAGACUAUUCUAUGUCACCAGAACCCAGUAACAGGCCUGUUGCCCUGCAGUGUCCAGCUGCCAGAUGCCUGGGUGCGUGACAAUGUCUACAGCAUCCUGGCGGUGUGGGGUCUGGGGAUGGCCUACAGGAAGAACGCUGACCGGGAUGAGGACAAGGCCAAGGCCUACGAACUGGAGCAGAGUGUUGUCAAGCUGAUGCAAGGGCUGCUCCAGUGUAUGAUGCGACAGGUGGCCAAGGUGGAGAAGUUUAAACACACCCAGAGCCCCAAGGACUGUCUGCAUGCCAAGUACCACACCCCCACCUGUGCUACCGUGGUGGGGGACGAUCAGUGGGGACACCUGCAGGUUGAUGCCACCUCUCUGUACCUGCUGGUUUUGGCUCAGAUGACUGCCUCAGGUCUUCGUAUCAUAUCAACCCUGCAUGAAGUGGCUUUUAUCCAGAACCUGGUCUUCUACAUUGAGGCUGCUUAUAAAGUUGCGGAUUAUGGGAUGUGGGAGCGAGGGGACAAGACCAAUCAGGGGAUCCCAGAACUGAACGCCAGCUCUGUGGGGAUGGCCAAGGCUGCAUUGGAGGCCAUUGAUGAGCUGGACCUCUUUGGGGCUCAUGGAGGACCCAAAUCUGUCAUUCACGUUUUGCCGGACGAGGUGGAGCACUGCCAGGCUAUCCUGUGCUCCAUGCUGCCACGAGCCUCCACCUCUAAAGAGAUCGAUGCUGGUCUCCUGUCAAUCAUCUCCUUCCCUGCCUUCGCUGUGGAGGAUGCAGACCUGGUCACCAUCACUAAGACUGAGAUCAUAUCCAGGCUACAGGGACGGUAUGGCUGCUGCCGUUUCAUCAGAGAUGGAUACAGAUGCCCAAGAGAGGACCCGUCCCGUCUCCACUACGACCCGGCUGAACUCAAACUGUUUGAGAAUAUAGAAUGUGAAUGGCCAGUGUUCUGGACCUACCUCAUUCUGGACGGCAUCUUCAGCGGAGACCUAGUACAGGUGCAGGAGUACAGAGAUGCUCUGGAAGAAGUCCUGAUCAGAGGGAAGCCCGGGAUCCGCCUGAUGCCUGAGCUCUACGCUGUCCCACCUGAAAAGAUGGAGGAAGAGUACGGGAACCCUCACUCCGUGGACAGAGUGGCUAUGGGUCAGUUACCUCACAUGUGGGGACAGUCCCUCUACAUUGUUAGUUCUCUGCUGGCUGAGGGAUUCCUCGCCCCUGGAGAGAUCGACCCUCUCAACAGGCGAUUCUCCACCAAUUUCAAGCCGGACGUAGUUGUACAAGUGUGUGUGUUAGCGGAGUCGAAGGAGAUCCAGGAGCUGCUGAAGAACGAUGAAAUAGAGGUCCAGACCAUCGCUGAGGUCCAGCCCAUCAGGGUUAUGCCUGCUCGCAUCCUCAGCCAUGUCUACGUCAAACUGGGAAACUGCAAGAAGUUGAAUCUGAGCGGGAGGCCAUACAGGCACAUUGGAGUUCUGGGAACCUCGAAAUUCUACGAGAUCCGGAACCGUACCUACACAUUCACCCCUCAGUUCCUGGACCAGCAUCACUUCUACCUGGCUCUGGACAACCAGAUGAUAGUGGAGAUGCUAAGGACGGAGCUGUCCUAUCUCUCCUCCUCCUGGAGGAUGACCGGACGCCCUACCCUGACCUUCCCCAUCACACACAGCAUGCUGGUGGAUGAUGGUGAGAGCAUCGACCCGUGUAUUCUGUCCACUCUGAGGAAGCUGCACGAUGGAUACUUUGGAGGGGCAAGGGUUCAGAUGGCAAACAUCUCCAGCUUCCAGACUACCUCGUUCCACACAGAGCUCAGCUUCCUCGACGGAGACACCGAUGACGACCUGCUGGAGAAUGAAGAAGAUGAGGAAGACGAAGAAGAAAGUUAUGUCCCCUCAGGCAGCUCCAAGGACAUGUUUGACCACUACCUCAGCCAGCUGAUGCAGAGCACAGCCACCAAGUGUCAUCUCCCUCCCAUCCAGAGGGGGCAGCACCACGUGUUUAGUGCUGAACACACCACCAGAGACAUCCUCUCCUUCAUGGCCCAGGUCCAAGGCCUCAACAUGCCCAAGGCCUCCAUGUAUCUUCCCAUGACUCCCAUCAUGAACAAGCACCGUAAAUCCCUCAACCUACUGCACGUGUCCCAGCUCACACCGCUCCAUCCACACCACCACCACACGCCACAUCAACAACAGCCCAAGGCCCCCAGUAUUGCAGACCUCCACCUGCCGAGAGACUCCCAGGGUAACACAGACUUUGGGUCUCUGGUGAGACAGUUGAAGGAGUGUCCCACACUGCAGGACCAGGCAGACAUACUAUAUAUCCUCUGUGUGAUGAAAGGUGCUGAUUGGCUGGUGGACGUGGGGGGUCAGGGCGGGGUCAGUGUGAGGUGUCUCCUGGAGGAGCUGUAUGCCCAGGCCGGGGCCAACAAGGAGUGGGGUCUGAUCAGAUACAUCUCUGGUAUCCUGAGGAAGAGAGUGGAGGUGCUGGCUGAGGCCUGUACAGAUCUCAUCUCCCACCACAAGCAGCUGACAGUGGGGUUACCACCGGAGCCCAGGGAGAAAGUCAUCUCAGCGCCUCUUCCUCCAGAAGAACUCAACUCUCUGAUCUAUGAGGCCAGUGGGCAGGACAUCAGCAUCGCUGUGCUCACUCAGGAGAUCAUGGUGUACCUGGCCAUGUACGUCCGCUCCCAGCCGGCUCUGUUUGGGGACAUGCUGCGUCUCCGAAUCGGACUCAUCAUGCAGGUGAUGGCUACAGAGCUGGCCCGCAGUCUUCACUGCUCAGGGGAGGAGGCCUCUGAGAGCCUGAUGAACUUGAGUCCAUCAGACAUGAAGAACCUGCUACACCACAUCCUCAGUGGGAAGGAGUUUGGGGUGGAGAGGAGCAUGCGUCCUAUGCAGUCCUCGGCCACCAGCCCGGCUGUCUCCAUCCAUGAGCUGGGUCACACUGGGGCCACUAAGACGGAGCGCACCGGCAUCCGCAAGCUGAAGCGUGAGAUCAAACAGAUGAGUAACAGUGGCUAUUCCAUCAGCAGCAACGUCACCUCUCCCCGUUCCACGCGGUGCAGCAGCCCCUCCACCCCCAGUGGUAUCCUGUCCCCUGUAGGCCCCGGGGGGUCAGACAGCCACCUGCAGUGGGAGGAGCGGCAGGGCCAGUGGCUGAGGAGGAGACGGCUGGAUGGGGCCAUCAACAGGGUCCCAAUGGGCUUCUACCAGAAGGUGUGGAAGAUCCUGCAGAAGUGCCACGGCCUGUCUAUAGAUGGAUACGUGCUGCCUUCCUCCACUACCAGAGAGAUGACAGAAGGCGAGAUCAAGUUUGCGGUGCACGUGGAGUCUGUUCUGAACCACGUCCCCCAGCCAGAGUACCGACAGCUGCUGGUGGAGGCUGUGAUGGUGCUGACGCUGGUGGCUGACAUGGAUGUGGACAACAUCGGAGGAAUCAUCCUGAUCGACCGCAUCGUACACAUGGCCAAUGACCUCUUCUUACAGGACCAGAGGACCCAUGGAGCCAACGAGUACUUCCUGGAGAAGGAUCCAGCCACGGGGAUAUGUCACUUCUUCUAUGACAGCGCCCCUAGUGGCAGCUACGGUACCAUGACCUACCUCUCCAAGGCUGUGGUCACAUACCUACAAGACUUCCUGCCACAGUCUACCUGUCUCAUGCAAUGAGGUAUCAGACUGGGUUUGAUGUAGAGCACUCUCCCUGGCCUCGCAGGCAGCUAUCAAGAGAGUCUAGUUAUGUAAUAUAUUAUAGUGUGGAACGAAAUACUACUGCCUAGUUCCAAUUCUCCCCAAGUGUACACUCGUUCACUCCCAUUCAAGGAUAAUUUAAAAUCAUUGGAUUGAAUUCUUGAAGUGAAUGAGUGCACACUUCAGAGAGAAGGGGGUGAACUAGACUUAGGUAGGAAGUUGGAUUGGGUUUGACCUAUGACCUAUGACUAAGAUAUUCACAACACACUCUACUCAAAGGAGUUUUUAUUGCAGCUAAUUGAUUGAUUAUAAUCAAUAAUAUAGCAGGUUUAAAAUGAAAUAUAUAAUUAAUUAUAAUUAAAUAUAUGUUUGUUUUUCAUUUUGAGUGUUGGACGACACGCGGUACUAAAAUUAUUUAUAAUUUUAACAUUUAAUAUAUACGUGUAAAUCAGUUGUUUUAAAACAAUCUAAUAUGAUAUAAUGAGUGUAUUUGACCUAACCCUCCUCUAUUGUAUCAGUCUCACCCUGUGUUGUGGGGUUAUAAACCGAUCCAGAAGUUACUAUGUUAUCCUGUGUUGAAGUACUGCAGCUGACAUCCCACUGUACAACGACAUUUACCUCUCAUGUUAUCUGAGGUGUGGCUCAUCAUCACCACUGUAUGUGUCACAAAUACUGUGCAUUUAUCCAUAUGUACCCGGAGCAUGUCAGCAAUGCCUUCAUAGCUGCUAAUGUGUAUGUGAAUGUUUAUCUGUGAAGUCAAAAUAAUGACAAUGUGAUUAUAUAUAUAACAUGGUUGAAUCAGUCCAACAGUGGUUCAUGCCAUAUUUCAGCCUUUUCCCUGUAGUCAUUCAGUACAACACUGUGUGUUAGACAUUAGCAUCCUAGCAGGCUUACAGUUGAGACCAUAAGGGAAGGGAGAAUCUGUUCUGCAGUUAAGGACGACUUGAGGCUGAAACAGUUCUGUUUUUGUGUCUAACUUUAUUUUAUAUAUUUAAAAAGAGACUAUAAAUAUAGUGGAUACAUAGAAAUAAUGUAUUUUUAACAAAGUACCAUGACUGUUUAUAUAACAGACUAAAGUACAAUUAACAUGACCAUGUUAUAAGUCUGCAGUUGAGGACAUUUUGAAGGGGAUCAAUUCUACUAAUCUAUUAUCACAGUGUCUACCACCAUGUUUUCAAUAUGUUUUUACUCAUUCAUUCACACUACCUUGUAAAACAACAUGUAAUCAUUUGAGGGAAAUAUAUUUAAAUGGCAUCAAUUAAAUCCCUAAACUAA